ACCCUUCUUUGCAUUCUAAUCACAACAACUAACCAACGUAGUUAUGGCUUCCUCUCUACACAACUAUGUUCUUGCUAUCUUACUUUUGGCCAUAACCCAAUUCAAAACCACAUCUGCGGGCUCCCAUCACCACCUCCAGCACCUCAAAUCCCUUCACUUCUCUCUGUUUCAACACGAGACCAUAAACAAAACCGGAUACAUCAUAGUGGAUGGUAUAAAAGGAGGAGCAGGGGUGACUCAAACCACAACCCCUUUUGGCACCUUAUUUGCCUUUCAGGACCCUUUGACUGUUGCAGCCAACAGGUCCUCCAAACUAGUUGGGAUUGCAGAAGGGACUACAGUCACAUCUAGUCUCGACGGGCUUCGGAGCAUUUCGAUCGCCAAGCUAACCCUGCGUUUGAAGCACCACAAGGGCUCCCUUUCCAUUGUUGGUGUCACAAACAAUGUCAAACCCUCUGAUCUUCCAGUGGUAGGAGGCACUGAAGAUUUCAUGUUUGUGCAAGGCUAUAUUAGUACUUCUCCAGUUGAUCUCAAGGGUCUUACUGUUGUCUACAAGAUUGAGUUUCAUCUUUACUGGCCCCCAUAUGCAACUCAAGCCUCAUGAACUAUGUUGCAUGGGUAGAAUUUAUGUAUGUUGUGAAUUUUAAGGUAUCCCUGUAUCUAUGGUCAUGAAGGUCCUGAACAAGAACAGCCUAAUAAUUUUGUUUGGAAAAUUACCACCUGUAGCGUUAUUGUCUUCGUUUAAAUUUGUUCUUAGUAGUCAGUAAUUUCUAUUGUAUUUCCAAGAUGUUGAUUCAAGUGGUUAAUCUUCCAUUUUCUUGUCUGUUUGUGCUAUUAUUAUUAUUAUUUUAGUACUGAAAUGAAAUAAUGAUUUAGUAUCAA